AUCUGCUAUCGCCAACCGUCACGCUGACAUUCGAGUCACGACUUCUUCUGUCUCCUUCCUCCCAGGGAGGAGGGGGUGAGGAGGAGGUAGCAUCGCCACGAACCACAGCACCAUCCCACAGUGCACCGCUCGUACCGGAUGUGGCUCUCAGACCACCAAUUAUCCCGCCUCCCCAGAGUGAUUGGCACUUAGAUUAACCAAUCGGAGUGCGGCCCCGACAAGAACCUGGACAGCCGACCCGCUAACCAAAGACCGCGCUGGAAAGUAUUUUUCCACAGAAAUCGGGACAUCGGAUGCAAAUUCAUUCGGCUUUUAUAUCUUUUACUUUCUUUGUGUAAACUGGACCAAUAAAACCAGCCAGUGCCUUUCGUGCAGCUUGUCAGGUUUAUCUGGUCUGAUCUCCCGGCGGACCGACGCCGUUGCCUGGAGACCUCCACAAACAACCGCUGAGGGCGUUGCGCCGUCCCCAGCGCAAUGGCCGAUGGGGGUUGUAGUCAUUUCACUUGCGGUGCCCAUUCACAGAGGCAAUGAACGCGCGACUCGUGUACUACAACCCCCAUAGUGCCCCGUGAGGCGCGAGGUGGGGGGAAAACCUCUCUCCGAGAGCGGUCGGACCUGUUUGUGACCGUUGAAGUAAGCGCAACGUUUUUAUCUUCUCAUUGAAUCGGACUCGAUCACUCGUUACUAUCAGACUUCUUCCCAUUCGGAGUUAUCCGUUUCAAAAUGUGGCGUAUUUGAGCGAGUUUUUCCUGUUUGAACAUGUCAAGUUACUCACAACUCAUAAUUGAUGUUGUCCAUUUGCUGGAUCAAUUUGACCCUCAAAAUCAGAGCACUGAUCACUUCGUAAGUGAAGCUGCUAAAAAUUAUCAGGCACAAGGUGAAGCUGAACGUACAUUCAUUGUGGAAGUCCUGUCGGGCUGUUUACAGUACAAGCCACUGCUCAAUGUGGUAGUGUCUGAAUUUUAUAUGCUAGAUGGCAGGAACUUUCUGCGAUCGGAAUGCAAUCUCUACGUGGUUAUAUGCUAUCUUGCUAUUUUUCGACUGGAAGAACUGGGUCUGAGACAUUUCACCAAGAUUGUCAACUCUCAGCCUGCGAACAAAAUGCACCAAUUUCUUAGGUUCUUCUUUGAUAGUCUGAACCUGACCACAUGGAUAAAGGAUGAAUGGUGCCAAAUAUAUGAUGUUGCCUAUGUAAACCAGAUGCUGAUUGAUCCUCUGCUGAGAUGGCAACCAGAUAUCAACAACCUCAUCGAUCACUUAGCCAACAAAAUGGCGAAUCGGAUUUCCAAAAAACUCGAGAGUCAGCCUGUGACAGUACCAAGAGAAUUUAACAUCACCAAGCCUAAACCACAAUCUAUCCCAAUGCCUGAGGAAAUUCAAUUGCUGCAAACACGAAGGAAGAUUCCCAGGAGUACCUAUGAACCUCCAAAAGAGCAGCAACUGUUGGAAACACUUAAAAGGAAAAAUCGUCACAGGGCAGAGGAGCAUCUCAUGGAAUCCAACAUUGAUGCAUUCCGGUGUGCCAUGAUACAUGAAACCGAACAUAAAAGGCGAGUUUUGUCUGAAAUUAAGAAAGAAGAAGAGGCCAAGAUGAAAUAUACAAUUCCAAAACCACGACCCAUCCCUGCACAGAUGAUGGAAAAUCUUCCAAUAAAAUUGAACACCGCAGCCAUCCUGAGGGAGAAUGUUCUCUACGAACGGAGAGUGAAGAAAGAACUGGAAAGAAUUGAUAAUCUAAUUGAAGGAGGUUAUGAUCCUUCCAAAUUUGAAGAAAUGCUGAGGAAAAAGGACACUGAGUUAAUGGAACAACAAUUGACAGAUGCACAACGCCAUUGCCUUGAAGGCAAGAUUCUCUUGGAAGAUGCAAUCCUGGCACGGGAAGCAAGAAUUGAGGAGAACAAGAGGAAUGCAGCUCUGCAGAAAGAGGAGGUAGCAAAAAUGAUGCAGAAACAUGCAGAGAAGCGACUUCAGGAAGAGAAGGAGGCAAGAGAACUGGUGGAGCGGGUGACAAAAGGGCGGCACAACACAAAGCAGCAAAAAUUGAAAAUGCAGGAAGAUAAACAGAAGAUGGCUAAGGAGCUGAAUAAGGAAACAGAAGAACUGCUUCAACAGGCCUUGGAGAAGACUAAUGAAGAAAUUAGAAAAAAAUCGGAACUGAUCCGAGAAAUCCGAGCAAUGCAAAUGGUGCCAACAUUUAAACACAAACUUAUAGAUCUAGCCAAACCAGCUGGUCAUAACCUUUUGAUCGAGAUGUCAAUAGUAGAGUUACGAGAACGCUUGGGGCUGCUGAAGGAGGCACAGAUUAAGGCAGAGGAAGAUAAACGAGAUCGGAUCCUGAAUGAGAAACAAGCAAAAGAGCAGCUCCUUUUGGAUAAAUUACGACAGAUCUCACUGCACAGAGAAGCUUUGAGCAAGAAAGCAGUAAUCAGGAACAGUGUCCGUAUCUAAUGAAUCUGCAAGGAGUCAAAGCAAGUACCUUCUAAUUGCCAAACCAGAGAUACAAAUGCCACUAAAGCAAAAGAAAAACACUGUGUAUGCUGGAAACCUGACAUAAAAAUCAAAGUGCUGGGAAGUCAUGAACAGUGGUCUGGGAAGGAGACAACCAUGCUGCUACUCAGCUGGAUACGACAUGAUGGUGCUUCAACACCCUGACACUGCUGUGAUAGAUGUGUACAUAACUGGCUGCUGUUGACAUUUUGAGUUAUCUGCAGUUCAUAUGUUUUUCUUCUGGGAAUGCUCAUCUUUUCCAACUCGGAAGCAAACAGUAUCAUUUAAUCUCUCCAGCAGCACCAUCUAGUGACUUUACUUUCAUACUGUUUUAUAACAUCUAUAAAAUAUGUAGGAGUGAUUACUUAAUGUAUUUUGCAAACAUCUAUGUUCUAUUUAUCUUCCUUUCACCCAGUCUUCACUGACCACAGUGAAUCCCAAUCCAGGAUUAAAACCUCCCCCAGUCUUGACAAAGAAUUCAACAAAAGUAUGUCACUCCCUAGGAGAUAGAAAUCACAUCUUAUAAAUCUAAUAGAAUGUUUGUGUAUAAUU